GAGCACAGGCAGUGACUUAUUAGUUAUUACUCUGUACUUGCACACAUGGAAGCGGAUUGUAGAGCUUCUUCUUUGACUUUUGGCAGCAGAGUUUGUCACCGAGCAGGAUCAUCAGUGUCAUUGGGAACAAGCUGUGAUGAUUUCAGAGAAGUGAACUUGACACUUCAGCUGUUUAUCAAGACACUGAUUUGUUUUGAACUAUUUAACUGGUGAAGCUCACAGAUGGAGGCAGUAUGUGAGCAGCUCCAUGGAGCCGAGGAAGAGGAGGAGGAGGCGGGAGGUGGUGCAGCCAUGCUGUGGUCCAUCGAGGAGGCUCUGGAGAGGCAGACCCUGCAGAUCGGAGUGUCGGCCUGCGGGGCCACAGCAGUGGUGGACGUGCUGAAGGCCCUCGGCCUGGAUGUGGCCCCUGAGGAAGCUGAUCGCUGCGUCCAAACUCGCCUGAGGAGGAAUGAGUCACCUCUGCCGGACUAUCUGCUGUCCCGGAGCGAAGCCGGUGCGACUCACGCUCAGCUCGUCGCAGGAGCAGAGCAGGCCAGUAACGGGAAGGUGACGGGUCGCUUCUUCCACCUUCAUCCCCGCCGGCGGGUGAAGCUGAUCCCCUGGCUCGCACGCUGGAUUCAAAAAGGUGCCGUUCCCGUGGCGACCAUGAACAUGCAGCUGGCCGUACCCGAGGGAGAGGACGUGCCGGACGCCUGGCACCAUCAGCUUAUAUUUGGGGUGGCACCUAAUGCAGUUUUCAUGACCAAUCCUUUAGAUGUAGCAAGUGAGGGAGAGGCGCACCAGCGACUCUGCAGCGAAUCCGUGCUGCUGAUUCGCCGAGAAGACGUCCUGCAGCGAUUAACUCCCGAUUCCUGCUCGUCCGGCCUCUCAGAGAGCCAGUCUGACCCGCGAUGGAAAGCCCUGGAUGUUGAGGGUCAGGUGAGACAGAUGGCCCAAGAAGACGGACAGGAGCAAGAGCAACCCAAGUUAACACACAUCACGAUCCCAGCAGCGUACAGUUCAGGCAUCACGUUCUUCGCCCUACGGCAGUCGGGGGUAGGACAAGAACUCCUCAACGCGCCUGAACUCCCUUUGUUGUGACCGGACUGGCACACGCGGACUCAAGAACUAAAGUGUUGACGCUUUUAUUGUGAUCUGAAAAAUAAAAGUGAUAAUAUGA